GGACAAAUAAAAAAAUCCUCUACAAAUAAGAAAAGAGAAAUAUAAGUAGUAGAAAUUUGUGCAUCACUUGAACAAAAGAAUCUGAAUCAGUCUUAGCGAAGAUGGUGGCGCUGCCGAUGACAUGCUCUUUCUCCGCCGCGACACCUCGCCGAGUCAGCCGAUUUUCUGGUGUAGCAAUGGCUUCCGCCGGCGCCAAGGUCGAAAAUGUUAAAGUUGGGCAGGGUUUGGGCGAUUUGCCCAAGGUCGUUUUGACUUCUGUUCAUGGAAGUGAGGCGGAGUUGUACCUCUAUGGAGGUUGUGUGACAUCAUGGAAAGUAGCAAAUAAGGACCUCCUCUUUGUUCGGCCAGAUGCUGUGUUUACUGGGCAGAAGCCCAUCAGUGGAGGAAUACCGCACUGCUUUCCACAGUUUGGACCUGGAGCAAUUCAGCAGCAUGGAUUUGCGAGAAAUAUGAGUUGGUCCAUUGUUAGUUCUGAAACUGUGAAUGGAAAUCCUUCUAUUACUCUGGAGCUGAAAGAUGGUCCAUAUAGCCGUGCUAUGUGGGAUUACAGUUUCCAGGCUCUAUAUAAGGUUACUCUUGAUAGCAAUGCCCUCUCAACCGAGUUAAAAGUAACAAAUACUGAUGCAAAGCCUUUUUCAUUUACUACUGCCCUGCAUACAUACUUCCGGGCUUCAGUAACUGGGGCAUCUGUAAAAGGUUUGAAGGGCUGCAAAACGCUGAACAAAGAUCCCGAUCCAAAAAACCCAGUGGAGGGCAAGGAGGAAAGGGCUCUAGUCACAUUUCCCGGAUUUGUAGAUUGCGUUUAUCUCGAAGCACCUACGGAGCUGCAGCUUGACAAUGGUUUGGGGGGUGUUAUCACCAUAAAGAAUACAAAUUGGUCGGAUGCUGUUUUGUGGAACCCGCACCUAACAAUGGAAUCGUGCUAUAAAGAUUUUGUAUGUGUUGAAAAUGCCAAGAUUGGAGAGGUUAAGCUAGAGCCAAAUGAGUCUUGGACUGCGUCGCAGCAUUUAAGCAUCGUUUGAACUGCUGAUAAGAUCGGACCGUUCGAGCCGUACAGUCAAUAAAGUCAUGUGAAAAGCAGAUGUAUCUCUGUUUUUAACUUGUGAGUAUAAUUUAUCUCAUCUACAAAAUUUCACGUUUUUGGGUGUUGUUGAAUCAAACUCGUGACACCAAAUCAAUCAAAAAUGUAUACUUAAGUGCCUGCCAAUGUUAAUAAUUUUCUUUCA